CUUCAGCUGUUUGCGGUAACCAGGCAACCGUCUCCCUGCAGUCUAACCGGGCUCCGCUCUCGUUAAACCCCCCCAGGAUGGCCGCCUUAUUGAUAGACCGGAGCCGGGCCCCGGUGGCCUUCGGCAGCCGGGCUGUCCCGCAGCUGUUCGAGGAGCUGCAGAGACCAGAGCCAGGGAGCAGACUGAAGGGUCUGACCUCCCUCUGCGACCUGAUGCACGACCCGGAGCGGGUCUACCAGACCGUCAACGGGGGGUUUUUGGGGCAGCUGAAGGUUUUGUUGGAGGAUGAGGAUCCAUCAGUCAGGACCAAAACCUGCGAACUGCUUCACGUGCUGACAGGACACAACAUCGGCAGACAGGCCCUCCUCUGCUCCUCCCUCCUCCCCCCUCUCUCUCGCCUCCUGGAUGACCUCUCGUCCUCCUGCAGGAGAAACGUCCACCGAGUGCUGAACCGGCUCACUCUGCUGCCUGCAGGCGCCCACGCUCUCCUCUCUCUGGUUCCUAAACUGAUGCUGAAGCUGCGGACUCAGGAGGAGGAGAAGGAGGAGGAGGAGGUGCAGGUGCUGCUCCUCUCUACUCUCAGCUCCUGCUCCAGACUGGACCCUCUGCCGGCUCUGGCCUCUGAUGGUGUCUCUCUGGUGGGACGCAAGCUCGCACACCGCUCCACGAACAUCCGCAGGGAGGCGGCGGCGGCCAUGAUGGCGCUCAGUGUCUGUGAGGACGGGAAGCAGCAGGUCUGUGAGGAGGCGGUCCUCCCCGUUCUGGUGGAGCUGCUGCAGGACAGAGACGUGGAGGUUCAGGCCAACGCUGCAGGAGUCAUCAUGUACAUGGUGAUCAUCACCACAGGUAAGCAGCGGUGUCUGGAUCUGAACGUCAUCCCCGUCCUCCUCGACCUCCUCGUGUCCAAGAGCGAGGAGCAGGAGGAAGAGAAGGACGAGGAGAAGAGGAGGAGGAGGAAGGCUCUCGUCUUGUACUCCCUGAGGGCUCUGACCUCGCUGGCUGAAGUUCCCGACGGUCGCUGCAUCCUGCUGGAGCAGCUCCCCCUGCUGGUGAGGAGGAGCGAGGCCGCAGAGGAGGACCAGGACGUGAGGCGAGCGGCUCAGACCGCCGUCAGGGUCGUCACAUGGACUCCCUGAGACUCUGAUGACCUCGGAGUGUGGAAACAAAACGAUGAGUGGAUAAAUAAAGUUAACCUCUUCAGAUA